GAAAAAUCCCAGUAAAAGCGUUAAUAGAUACAACAUCUAAAUCUAAUACUAUUAGCAGAUGCUUGUUUGAUAAGCUUAAAGAAGAUUAUGGAAUACGUCCUACCUGCGAUCUUGCUGAGAAUCUCUAUAGAGAUGUAAUAGGUGAAAUAAAAUGCUUAGAUUUACAAUUCCGCUAUAAAGGAAAGUGGCGAAGCUUAGAUAGCACUGAAGUAAUAGACUUUCAAAUUCGCAAAAAUCCAUCAUUCGAUUUGGUCCUGGAACAAGAAUGGUUAAGGAUGCGUGAAGCAAAAAUUAUCUUUGGGUUUUCUCCCAAAACCUAUGAACACCGCAAUAAAAUUGUAAUAGAUGAUAUGAGUAUCCCAUUAAUCGAGGAUAGCAAUAAAGCUAGCUCUAAUAAAAAUAACCUAUUUGAUUCUUCUAAUUCUGAAACAGAAACCAAUUCAUCUGACUUCAAUUCUCACAAUCAUUCUCGAAAGAAGAAAUGCAAGUCUAGCCAUUUUAUGAAUACCUCUGACUUGAGACCUAAACCUGAUCUAAUUUUGGAGGA